CCCCAUAACUCGGUCUCAUUUCUCAUGCUCUUUAGCUCCACGAAGGUAAAAAAAAAAAGGUUCAAGAAUCCUUCAAAAGAAGAAGAAGAAGAAGAUUCUCUUGUGUAGAUGCACUUUUACUUCGCUUCAUGUUGAUCACCACGCGGGUCCACGCUCAGCUGUCGACACCCGCACUAGUUUGCACCUCCAAAAUAAAGGGAAGCAACUAUGACCACAGCUGAUGAAACUGGGGUUCCAGUUAGGCUUGAGGGGAAGUUCAAAGCCAUGGUGUUCUGUUGGGUCCUUGGUCUGGGGUCUCUUGUGGCUUGGAGCAGCAUGCUCACCAUUGGAGAUUAUUAUUACAAAGUGUUCCCGCAUUACCAUCCUUCAAGAGUGCUUACCAUUGUUUAUCAACCAUUCGCUAUUGGGACAAUGGCGAUCUUAACGUAUCACGAAUCCAAAGUUGAUACAAGAAAGAGGAAUAUAAUUGGCUACAUUCUAUUCACUCUAAGUACACUCUUUCUCAUCGUUUUGGAUGUAGCAACGUCAGGGAAAGGGGGAGUUGGGCCUUAUUUCGGUAUAUGUGUGCUCGUUGCUUGUUUUGGCGUGGCCGAUGCUCAUGUUCAAGGUGGUAUGGUCGGCGAUCUGUCUUUCAUGUGUCCUGAAUUCAUGCAGUCGUUUUUCGCUGGUUUAGCUGCAUCAGGAGCUCUAACAUCUGGUUUGAGGCUGAUCACAAAAGCAGCUUUUGACAAGGCUCAUGACGGUCUUCGCAAGGGAGCUAUGUUGUUUCUGGCAAUCUCCACACUCUUCGAGUUCAUUUGCAUCAUUUUGUAUGCGACUUUGUUUGCUAAGAUUCCGAUUGUGAAGUACUACCGCUCCAAGGCGGCCUCGGAAGGGUCUAAAACUGUCUCAGCUGACCUUGCUGCUGCUGGAAUCCAAAGAGAGGAUGGAGACUCUAAAGAAGAUCGAUUGAGCAACAAACAACUGUUGCUUCAGAACAUAGACUAUGCCAUUGACCUAUAUCUUAUAUAUGUUUUGACACUGACAAUAUUUCCGGGCUUUGUUUUUGAGAAUACCGGAAAACACCAAUUGGGGUCGUGGUACCCGCUUGUUCUAGUUGCUAUGUACAAUGUAUGGGAUCUCAUGUCUCGGUACAUUCCCCUCAUCGGUUGGCUCAAGUUAGAGUCGCGAAAGGGUCUCAUGUUAGUGAUUCUUGCCCGUUUCUUGCUUGUCCCCGCAUUCUACUUCACGGCAAAGUAUGGCGAUCAAGGGUGGAUGAUAAUGCUCAUUUCGUUCUUGGGCUUGAGCAAUGGUUAUCUCACCGUAUGUGUUAUGACGGUAGCACCCAAAGGAUACAAGGGACCGGAGCAAAAUGCCUUGGGCAACUUGCUCGUGCUGUUUCUCUUAGGAGGGAUAUUUUCGGGAGUCUCUCUGGGCUGGUUGUGGAUCAUAGGCAAUCACAAGUUUUAGAGAGCAGUCAUUGCUGGGAAGGAAAUGGUCUCACCUGGGGUACUUUCGAUUCGCAGAUAUUGAAAAGGAGAGGUUCAGUUGUUAGGCUAACUACAAGUCUCACUUCGCAGCCGCUCUCUCUUCAGAUGAAUGCUCGUCACUUCUUCAAUUAGAAUGUAAUACAUUUGUAUCUGUCAAUUACAAGUAAAUGUUUCAGUAUGCCGAAAAUGCUUGUACUUUCUCACUUGGACCUAAGGGG